AUGUGCUAUUUGACUACAAGGCGGGACAGUCAUUGGUCUCUGCAAACACUUGCGGAUCAGGAAGAAAACCUUAUGAUAGAGUUUUACUUUUUAGACGCUGUACUCUCUGAAAUUUGGGUGGCUAAAAAUGCUCUUUUAGCACCAGUUCUGCCUAGAAUUGACAAUUCUUUCUGGCUUAGACGUAAUACCAGUUUGGGAAAUCCUUGCCAAAGAGUUUAUACAGCAAGAAUAUUUUCGAAUAUUAUUUAUAGUUCUCACGAUAAGGAUCAGUAUCAAAUUGACGAGUUCUUUCGUUCUUUUGGAAUGAAAACACCCUGUGGAUAUCUUUGCGCUAUCAAUAGGUGUGAUCUAACUGAGUCAGGCACGGUAUCGAUGGGUACAACUGACACCUUUGCGUUGAGCUCUUUGAUAACUGCACAGCCUCUUUCACUUUUGAUUUCUAGAUUGUAA